AUGCAUCCACCUUCGCCAAGCAGUACGCCCGACGAUGCAGCAUCUAAUACACAACAGCCAAAGCCCAGGCGCUUUGUGCCCAAACCCAUAGAGACCAUCACCAAAUCCUCCAAGACCGCACGCAAGCAUUCUCCCGAGAAGCAGGAAGCGGGUCAAGCGCCCAAGGUUCGACGCUUUGCCCCCGAACCGGUUGAAACUACAACAAGGUCCUCGAAAAGCACUGCUGCAAAGCAAGAUACGAAGCCAGCGAUACGGCGGUUCGCGCCUCAGCCUAUCGAAACAUCGCAAAAGACCAGUAAAGACCGGACACCGUCAAAGUCGCGUGCGCACAUCAGGUUCAAGCCAGACUUGGUCGAGACAACGUAUGGAGGCAACAGGAAGUCGAGCAGAAGGUCUAGUGCGCAGUCCGAAACAACUUCGAACAUUGCACCUGAAGAUGUUACCUCGAGGAAAUUCAAGCCAGAGGUCAUAUCCACCGCGAGGAGGUCACGCCGAGCUGGGGACCUGAAUGAUGCCAACUACCAGGACUACAGAACUGAGGAAGGCUUUGUCAUUCACGCUCGUGAGCACCAGAAACACGCGGGCUUGAAAUCAUCAGAUGAAGGUCAAGCGCGGUCGGAGACAGGUGAAGGUGAUCACGCUGUUUCGCCUCGAGGUCACGAGUGCCCGCCAGAGUUGAGGAGGCAGAUAUCUCCUUUAGAUGGAAGUGCGCCAGCACGACCUUCAUUGCUCAAACCAGAACGGCAACACUCGUUUCGUUGCCCGGAACUGGACACGAUCGAAAGCUCUGAAAGUGAGCGCAAUUCUGCUCGAUCUUCCUUGUCUGGCAGCCCUGGCCAAGGGUCUCCCAUCACAGCUUCUGACUCGUCUUUUAACGAGUUCUACAAGCAUGCUACACGAACCCGAGAGAGUGUAGACGAGAGCUUCAGCCAGUAUCUACUGGAUCUGGAGGCGAAAAGAGCACGCCAGAGGCUGCAGGAGCAGGCACUGGCUGCAUUUCCAAACUCUGACUUCCACGAACCUGUGCAACACUACGUUAAUGACGACCACGACAGCUUCGACAUGGAAAUCGAAGAUCGUCCUGUGACGUGGGAAGGCUUCGAUGAGGAAGAAUACAAUUCUCGUCCGAUCCGCCGCGAAAGUACCAAGGUCAAUUGGGAUCAGCUCGAGCUCCAACGCCACGCGGAGGAGCGGGAACAAGAACGGAGAGCCAACAACGCAACUGCAGCAAAGAAGGAGCCACCCAAAGAAAACUCACCAUGGUGGAGUCCAGCUGCUGGCGCAAGCAUACAUCAACCAGACAAUGAAAUGCGAUCGAUGCGUGACCGAGCCCGUCCGCCGAUGCUGGGACGUGACCUAAUGUUUCCGCGCUGCCCGUCACCUGAGCCAGCUCGCUUCGAUGUCACCCAAGGGUGCGAGAGGUUGCGACAACAAAUGUGUUAUCUUAGCGAACAGUUGCAGAACACCACCACUGCUAAUGUAGGUGGACUGUGGUGUUCUCCUGCAGCAAAGAAGCCCGAACAGAAAGUCUCACCAGCCACAUCAACGACAACGGCCAAGCUUGUCAUUGGGAAAGGUCUUUGGGGUGGAUUCUGCAUACAAGAGAAGAGCGAGACUCCAGGUCUUGCCCCACCGACUGGUCCAACAGGAUUAAUGACACCAGCACCACGCGUUGAGAACCUCAACCCCUUCGAACAAUCCUUCUCUGGGCGCGGCGAUGCAGGAGCUGCUCGCACUCAUCUCACAGCCCUCGCAACACCUCCGACACCCCCCGAAAGCGUCCACGGUACAGCAACAGACCUGGGACACCUCGACACCGUCCUCGCCACCGAGCGCGACUUCGAGCAGACCUUCGAGAAAGAGUUUCCCGACUCCUUCAUCACUCAGGUCUUCAACUACCUCUCCCUGGGCUACCCAACCCUCGCGCGUCCCUUCGACGAAGAGUUAUCGAAGAUAGCACGUAUCCCAGUCUCGGAGCUCAGACAAGACGACAUCAAAGCGAAACAGAGUCCGAGAGGCUACAUCCGCCUAGGCCCAGAUUUCGAGAGCGUGGGAGGCGAGAGGCUGACGACGGAGAACUGCGUGAGAUGGCAGGCGCUGAAGCUGUAUGUACGAGAGUGGGCGCGGCAGGAGAAGAAUAUGGUGCAGGAGGCGCCGCCAGGUGGGAACUGGGCUACGACUAACAGGAGGGGAAGUUGGGCAUUCUAG